AUGCUUGUAAUGGAGCUAGUGGACGGCGGUUCACUUGAUAGUGUACUGCAAAAAAGUCAAGACGACAUUCCACUGAAUGAUCUUUUACGGUAUGCCUUUGGGGCUGCUAAAGGGCUCGAAUAUCUGCACGAUAAUGACUGCAUUCAUAGAGAUGUAGCAGCAAGGAACUGCUUAGUGAACGGAGGCGAUGUGAAAAUUAGCGACUUCGGGUUAUCACAUAGCCUAUCGAAUCGAGAAAAGCACUAUAAGCUCAAGGAUAUGAACCAACGCUUACCAAUCCGAUGGCUCGCUCCAGAAGUUCUCUCGACGGCGACAUAUUCGACAAAAAGCGAUGUGUUCUCCUAUGGAGUGCUGCUUUGGGAGGUGAGCUGA